GGUGGUGGGGCCCGAACAGUUUACCGCAUCACAAUGCCGAAAAUACCAACGUUGGUAUAAUGUCAAGCUAGUGUCGGUUUUAAAACGUUACCGAGGAGUGUGUCUGUGUUUUGUUUGAUUCGUGAACCACGUGGUUUUACUCGAUAAGUUUUGCUUAUGUGUUGAGUUCGAUAUUUGUGAUUUUUUCCAUCUGCCAUUUUAAGUAAUAGGGAUGGAGAUCCUGGGUAUCCAGUUCGCACCGCUCAACGUGCCAAUGCAGAGGCGGCUGCAGACGCUGGCGGCGGCCACUUGGUUCACCACCUUGGCUUUCGGCGGGUUCGUGGGCACGGGACUGGCAAUUUAUUUACUAGUCUACACCCGCUUCUGGUGGCUGACAGCCCUCUACCUCGCCUGGAUGAUCCUGCUCGACAAAGACGUGGCGAAAAAAGGCGGCAGACGGUCGAAGUUCGUGCGUUCGAUGGCCUGGUGGCGGUACUUAAAGGACUAUUUCCCAUUGAAACUGGUGAAGCUGGAGGGCGCCAAGUUGGAUCCCUCUAGAAACUAUUUGUUCUGCUCGUUUCCACACGGCAUGCUGUCUACUGGUGCUUUCAACGCGUUCGGAACGGAGAUCGGCGGUUUCGGUGAAAUGUUCCCGCAUCACGAGCCCUACGUGGUUACUUUGACACAACACUACCACAUGCCGUUUUUCAGAGACUUCGCGUUAGGUUUGGGCGGCAUCGCAGCUUCGGCCGAGUCUAUUGAUUAUGUUUUGAGGCAACCGGAGGGCGGCAGGAUUGUGGUUCUUAUGGUGGGUGGUGCAGCAGAAGCCUAUUACUGCAAACCUGGACAAUACACUUUGAUUUUGAAGAACAGAAAAGGUUUUGUUAAGUUGGCUAUCAAGAACGGGACACCUCUAGUGCCUGUUUUGUCAUUCGGUGAGACUGAUCUCUUCACUCAACUUGGCAGUCCAGAAGGCGGACUGUUGCACAUGAUCCAGGAGUGGUUGAGGAAGUACUUAGGAAUGGCACCUAUUAUUCCCAUUGGACGUGGCUUCUUCCAAUAUUCGUUCGGUAUCAUACCGCAAAGGAGAUCAGUAACUACAGUUGUGGGAACACCAUUUGAGGUGAAGAAGAACGUAAAUCCGACAAAAGAAGAGGUGGACGAAGUACACGCAGCAUUUAUUGAACAUUUAACGAAAAUGUUUGAAGAACAGAAACACAAUUAUGUUUCAAAGCCUGAGAAGACGAAGUUAGAAAUAAUAUAAUAGGUGUUAUUUCUGCAUUUAGUGAUUCCAUGUACAUAAUUAUCAUGUUAUAUAUUUAAUUGUUAAAUAAAUUUGUUAUUUAUU